AUGGAAGCGAAUAAAGUUUUACUGAUUUUUGAGACACUAGCACCUAGCGCUUUCAUUAUUGAAACGUCCCGUGUGGGAGGGGAGGGUCUGGGUGCGGCCUGCCGCGUGACUCCUGGUUCAGAGGCCCACGUGGCCAGGGCGGGGACUCAGGCGCCUAGGGCGCCGACUGAUUACGUAGCGGGCGGGGCCGGAAGUGCCGCUCCCUGGUGGGGGCUGUUCAUGGCGGUUCCGGGGUCUCCAACAUUUUUCCCAGCUGUGGUCCUAAAUCUGUCCAAAGCAGAGGCAGUAGAGCUUGAGGAUUCUUACAGAAAACAGGUGGUAAUAGAUGGUGAAACCUGUCUGUUGGACAUACUGGAUACAGCUGGACAAGAAGAGUACAGUGCCAUGAGAGACCAAUACAUGAGGACAGGCGAAGGCUUCCUCUGUGUAUUUGCCAUCAAUAAUAGCAAGUCGUUUGCGGAUAUUAACCUCUACAGGGAGCAGAUUAAGCGAGUAAAAGACUCGGAUGAUGUACCUAUGGUGCUAGUGGGAAACAAAUGUGAUUUGCCAACAAGGACAGUUGAUACAAAACAAGCCCACGAACUGGCCAAGAGUUACGGGAUUCCAUUCAUUGAAACCUCAGCCAAGACCAGACAGGGUGUUGAAGAUGCUUUUUAUACACUGGUGAGAGAAAUACGCCAGUACCGAAUGAAAAAACUCCACAGCAGUGAUGAUGGGACUCAGGGUUGUAUGGGAUUGCCAUGUGUGGUGAUGUAACAAGAUACUUUUAAAGUUCUAUCAGAAAAGAGCCACUUUCAAGCUGCACUGACACCCUGGUCCUGACUUCCCUGGAGGAGAAGUAUUCCUGUUGCGAUCUUUAGUCUCACAGAGAAGCUCCUGCUACUUCCCCAACUCUCAGUAGUUUAGUAUAAUAUUCUCUAUUUGAGAAGUUCUCAGAAUAACUACCUCCUCACUUGGCUGUCUGACCAGAGAAAUGCACCUCUCGUUACUCCCUGUUACUUUUCUGCCCUGGGUUAUUCCAUAACACAAACACACUUCUGCCACCGCAGGCAUUUCAUCUGAAAAGCAGUUCAUGUUUGAAACAGAGAACCAAACUGCAAAAGUGAAAUUCUGUUGAAAACAGUGUCUUGAGCUCUAAGGUAGCAACUGCUGGUGAUUUUUUUUUUCUUUUUACUGUUGAACUUAGAACUAUGCUAAUUUUUGGAGAAAUGUCAUAAAUUACUGUUUUGCCAAGAAUAUAGUUAUUAUUACUGUUGGGUUUCUUUUGAAUGUUACCGGCUGUAUUCUCUAAACUGGCAUCUGCUCUAGAUUAAUAAAUACAAAAAGGAAUACUGAAUUUUGAGUCUAUCCUAGUCUUCUCAGCUUUCAUGUAAUUAAAUCCAACUUUCACAGUGAAGUGCCUUUUUAUAGAAGUGGUUUGUAGACUUCCUUUAUAAUAUUUCAGUGGAAUAGAUGUCUCAAAAAUAUGCAUGAAAGUGAAUGUCUGAGAUAUGUCUGUGACUUAUCUACCAUUGAGGGAAAGCUAUAUCUAUAUGAGAGCAGAUGCCAUUUUGUACAUGUAUAAAGUUCUGGUUUUCCAGAGGCCUGUUUUGGGGCUUUCCCAGGAGAAAGAUGAAACUGAACGCAUAUGAAUAAUUUCACUUAAUUGUUACCUAAUCUCCACUUUUUUCAUAGGUUACUACCUAUAAAAUGUAUUUGUUUCCUCUAGCUUACUGAUAAGCCUAAUAUUCAAUGAACUUCUAUUUGUAUUCAAAUUUGGGUCAUACCAGAAAGCUCUACAUUUGCAGGUGUUCAAAUAUUGUAAAACUUUGGUGCAUUGUUACUUAAUAGCUGUGACCAGUGAUUUUCAAACCUCAAAUAUAGUAUAUUAACAAAUUACAUUUUCACUGUAUAUCACGGUAUCUUAAUGAUGUAUAUAAUUGCCCUGAAUCCCCUUCUCACCCUACGUUCUACACCUCUCCCCACAGCAAUAGGGGCUUGAUUAUUGCAGUUGAGUAAAGCAUGGUGCUAAUGGACCAGGGUCAUAGUUUCAAAACUUGAAAAAUCCAGUUAGCAUCGCAGAGAAAGAAAUUCUUCUCCACUUGCUCCCUGCAGCAGUAACUCCAGCUGGUCAUUUUGCUGGAUGCCUGCAGUUAGCCCUGCAAGGAAAGAAGAGGUCGGUUAGCACAAGCCCUUUACCGUGACUGGAAAACUUGGUAUUUAAACCUUUUUUUUCCUUUUAGCCAUGUAGAAACUCUAAAUUCAACAGAUAUUCUCAUUUGAGAAUGAGGGUGUCUCAGCUGAAAAAUAUUUUAAAUUUUCUUUAUUCAUAAUGUUCUUUGAAUGGUUUAAAACAAGAUAUUGAUAAGUCUGAGCUGAUGAGUUCGUUCAAAACAGGAAGUUGAAAUUGUUGAGACAGGAAUGGAAGAUAUAAUUGAUAGUUAUGAGGAUUUGGAGGUUUGCCAUUUUCAUUUGCAGAUAAUACCCUGGUAAUUCUCAUGAAAAAUAGGAUGGGAUAACUUUGGAUAAAAGACUAAUUCCAAAAUGGCCACUUUGUUCCUGUCAUCUGAUAGCUAAAUGCUUAUUGAGGUCCUCCAUCUUCUAUAUUAUGAAUUUUCAUUUAUUAAGCAAAUGUCAUAUUACCUUGAAAUUCAAAAAAGAAGAAACAUAUUCUGUGCCCAGGAUGUAACUUACUGGAGAGCUGUGCUCCUUACUGCUAAUUCUGGGAACUUUCACAGUACUGUCAUUUGUAAACGGGAAUUCUGCUUUUCUGUUUCUGCUCCUUCUGGGGCAGUGUUACUCUACUUUUCCUGAGGCUUAUCACCUCAGUUUGUUUGUUGUUGUUGUUGUUGUUUUUCUGUGACUGGCAGUUUGAUUUUUUUUUCUUAAGAACCUAUUAAAUUUGAUGUCAAAUUAGGGAGAAAGAUAGUUACUCAUCUUGGGCGCUUGUGCCAAUAAAUAGCCUUCGUCUGUAUGUACUUAACAGUUUUCUCAAGUAUGUUCUAAGCACAGAAGUUUCUAAAUGGGGCCAAAAUUCAGACUUGAGUAUGUUCCUUGAAUAGCUUCUUAAGAAGUUACAAUUAGCCAGGCACUAGCUAAUUGAGAGGCCGAGGCAGGAGAAUCGCUUGAACCCAGGAGGCGGAGGUUGCAGUGAGCAGAGAUCGUGCCACUGCACUCCAUCACCUGGGUGACAAAGCGAGACUGGUCAAAAAAAAAAAGUCAGACCUAGGUGUGAAUUUUGGCACAAAGGAGUGACAAACUUAAAAGCUGAAUACCUUCAGUAUGGUGUAAAAAGUAGUUUUUAGGCCAUGUUUGUGAUUGCUGAAAAUAAUUCUAGUUUACCUCGAAAUCCUUCUCUUUCCCCAAAUUAAGUGCCUGGCCAGCUGUCAUAAAUUACUUGUUCCUUUUGUUUUUUUUUUAAUAUUACAUGUUCAAGAGUGUGAAAAUAAGAUGUUCUGUCUAAAGGCUACGAUGCCUGUCUAUAAAUGAACCUGUUAAAUGCUGUAUUUGCUCCAACAGCCUACUAUAGAAUGUUACUUAAAUAUAAUCUCAUACUUACUACAGUUUUUACUGUAGGAGUGUAAUAGGUAAAAUGAAUCUCUAUUGUAGUGGGCCCUAUGUUUAGUCUUUCACCAUCCUUUAAACUGCUGUGAAUUUUUUUGUCAUGACUUGAAAGCAAGGAUAGAGAAACAUUUUAGAGCUAUCUGGGUUUUUUCCCAUUCCAGAACUUGUGAGCAUAUUCAUAUUUGCUUUAUAUUUAUAGUCAUGAACUAAGCUGGCAGCUACAACCAAGAACCAAAAAAAUGGUGCAUUCUACUUCUUGUAAUUCAUCUCUGCUAAUAAAUUAUAAGAAGCAAGGAAAAUUAGGGAAAAUAUUUUAUUUGGAUGGUUUCUAUAAACAAGGGACUAUAAUUCUUGUACAUUAUUUUUCAUCUUUGCUGUUUCUUUGAGCAGUCUAAUGUGCCACGCAAUUAUCUAAGGUAUUUGAUUUCUAUAAGAAUUGUUUUAUAAGUAUUCUUGUUACCAGAGUAGUUGUAUUAUAUUUUAGAAUGUAAGAGGAUUUUUUUUUUUUGAGACUGAGUCUUGCUCUGUCACCCAGGCUGGAGUGCAGUGGCGCAAUCUCAGCUCACUGAAACCUCAGCCUCCCGGGUUCAAGCGAUUCUCCUGCCUCAGCCUCCUGAGUAGCUGGGAUUACAGGCACAUGCCACCACACCCAGCUAAUUUUUGUAUUUUUAGUAGAGAUGGGGUUUCACCGUGUUGGUCAGGCUGAUCUCGAACUCCUGACCUUGUGAUCCACCCGUCUUGGUCUCCCGAAGUGCUGGGAUUACAGGCGUGAGCCACCGUGCCCAGCCAAGAUAAUUUUUAAAAGCCUGAGUUCUGACCUAAUAUGCAAUUGUAUGAAUUCUACUCUGGAGGGAAUGGAGGGUGUCAGUGGAAGUAGUAAAACUUUUAUUUUUGUGUGCCAUUAAAUAUAAGUAAAAAUAAUUGUGCAAUUCUGCUGUUUAAACAGGAACCAUUGGCCUCCUUGGCCCUAAAUGGAAGGGCUGAUAUUUUAAGUUGAUUAUUUUAUUGUAAAUUAAUCCAAUCUAAUUCUUUUUAAUUUGGUUGAAUGUUUUCCUUGUUAAAUGAUGUUUAAAAAAUAAAAACUGGAAGUUCUUGGCUUAGUCAUAA